CCUCUCCGUGCUCUCAUGGUUAAUAGACAUGCGCCCCCGCUCGUGCACGUUGCUCUCUCGUCAGGGGGCGCGCUUUAUAGGGCGCGUUCACGUUGUGUAUCCAGAGCUCGCACACCGACAAUUCAUCAUCACAGUCCAUUCAACAUCUACCCAGACACUGACCACUUCAGAGCUGCAGCCAUGGCCUCCGGUGUGAAAGUCACAGAUGAAGUUAUCGCCGUCUUCAACGACAUGAAGGUGCGUAAGGCACAGGCGAACGAGGAUGAGAAGAGGAAGAGGAAGAAGGCCAUUCUGUUCUGCAUGAGCAAGGACCUCAAGAACAUUGUCCUGGAUGAUGGCAAAGAGAUCCUGCUGGGCGACUUGGGAACCACCGUCCAGGACCCAUACCAGCACUUUGUGAAGAUGCUGCCCCCAGACGACUGCCGCUACGCCCUGUACGACGCCACCUAUGAGACCAAAGAAACAAAGAAGGAGGACCUGGUCUUUAUCUUCUGGGCUCCAGAAUGUGCCCCCUUGAAGAGCAAGAUGAUCUAUGCCAGCUCAAAAGAUGCUAUCAAGAGAAAAUUUGAAGGUAUUAAGCACGAGUGGCAGGUGAACGGUUUGGAAGAUCUGAAAGACCGGCACACCCUGGCAGAAAAGCUCGGCGGCUCGUCAGUAGUCAGUCUGGAAGGUGCCCCUAUAUAAAUACCCCUUCCCCUCCUCCUCCCUGGCUUCGAUCGAGGCCUUUCAGACACAUCUGUUGGGUUUAGCUGUUCAUUCCAGUGUGGUUUGGAGAAGGGCAAAAGCAGAACCAGCACCAUUUGCGUGACUCUCGGGGUGGGAUAUUGUGGGUGGGUUUUGGGGUCAAGUGACAGUUUAAAAAAACAAACAAAAAGAAAUUCCACAAAUGCAGACUGUCAUUCCAGUUCACGCAACAUAAAGAAUACGAACAAAACAAAACACACACACACCACGGAAAAACAUUAAGAUACAACUGAGGAAGGAUGAUGACGUUAAAACUUAAAAAUAUUGUUCAUGUUAAAAGACAGGGUUUUAUUUCUUUUUUCCGGGUUCCAUUUGAAUGAUUGCAGAGAAAGGGACAGACGAUAACCUUUUAGUAUUCCAACCAUUGAAUCCUGACAUAAUUGUUCCAACUACAUUUUUUUUUUUUUUUUGCCAAACUUCUAGUUAAGUUUUGUAAGUGUGUGUGUGUGUAGUUGACUAGUUGUAGUAUGAACUAAUUCACAAGAUGCAUCAACAUCUUCUCUGGGGGAACACUGUUAAAUAUAAAUAUAUUUCUUUUCUUUUUUGUUUUGUUAUUCCAUUUGUUUUGUUUUUCUUUUUGAACAUGCAAAUUCCAAAAUUUCCUUUAUUUCCAGUUCUGGGUCAGAUAUCAACGGCAUUUGUUGUAGUUAACAGACAACAUUCCUUGUAUUUGUUAAAAACAGGAUCUCCUUGAAUUAAAAACUUUGGUGUUAUGAAGGUCUGAUGGGGAGCGAUGUGUAUAUGAAAGACCAGCGGUCAGAGUUUAGACUGAAUAUUGAAUGGUGGAUGUUUUGUAUCGUCUCCUUAUCUCUAAUAAAAAGCACUAAACUACUGA